AUGACAGAUACAGAGUUAGAAAAUAAGACAAUUAAUAUUAACAAGAUAGAUAAAAUAGAAGAAGAAGAAAAUGGAAUAGAGAUAAGGAGUACCUCUAUAGAUAGGUUGAAUAAAUUAGUUUCUUUGCCUUCUGAGAGUUUCGGUACUUUUGUUAUUAAUUUAGAUAAAAACUUAAAAUCAAUUAAUUUAUUUAUUUAA